AUGAACGGUAAAAGAAAAUAAGGAGCUCAAGUAGCAUAAAUAAAUGCAACUUAGCGUGAUAAGAAAAAAAAAAUAGAAUAGUAAAUUGAAGAAAGCACUAAUAAUUCUUAAGCUAACUCUUUCAACGAUGAAGAAGAGGAGGAAGAUGGUUUAUCAAACGAUAAUCAAUAAUAGCAGUAGGGAAAUGGAAAAGAAAAGGUAAAGAGUCGUCAAGAUAAUUCGUUAAGCGUACUUACCAAAAGAUUUGUUCAGCUCAUAUAGAAUUCGCCAAAUUAAACAAUUGAUUUAAAUGAAACAGUUUCUAGUUUAAAAGUUUAAAAGCGUCGUAUUUAUGAUAUAACUAACGUACUCGAAGGUAUUGGAUAUAUUGAAAAGAUUCACAAAAAUAAAAUUAAGUGGGUUGGAGGAACAGAAGAUCCUGAACUCCAAACCGAAAUUCAAAAAAUGUAGGAAGAAUUAGCUCAUCUUGAAAAACAAGAAUAAUAAAUGGAUUCUUGGAUAAAAUAUUUGCAUGAUUAACUAAAAAAUACAUUUAAUAAUAACGAAGAAGAGUCUAAAUAUGCUUAUUUGACAUAAGAAGAUUUUAAAAAGUUAUAUAAAUAAUGUAUGAAUGAUUCAGGCGAAACUAUGUUUAUUAUUACUGCACCAAAAGGAACUACAGUAGAAGCACCAAUCCUAGAGUCAGAAAUACAAUAUGAAUACCCAUACCAACUCUUCUUAAAUAGUUAAAAAUUAGGAGAAUUGGAAGUUUUCUUAUGCUCAGAUGAAAAUGACCAAUAAGAAGUUAAACCUACAAAGUAAUCUUAAAAGAAGAUGAGAAUCCCAGGUGAAGAUGAAAUGGAGGAAGAAAAUAACAAUAUUUUUAAUCAAGCCAUUCAAUAAUAAUCAAAAAUUAAAGCAAAUAAUAAAAACAAAAAAGGAAACAACUAAAAUAUUUCUGAUAUGAUUGAGUGA